AUGCCGCUGUCAGAAUCGGGUGAUGCACUCAUUUCGACGUAUCCAAUUAGUCCGCAGGAUUGCGCCAAUCCAUACCAGAUCCUUCGAAUUGCUCUCAAUCUCAAGAAACUCAUCGACGAGGUUGUCCCCACAGUAUUCGACACCAAAGAUAUUACAGACUCCCAUUCGCCUGUUCUCAAUGCCAAUGUGGUGAAGUUGGCGUAUCGUGCUGCUGGUGGAAAGGGUAACGGUAAAGAGGGGUCGCUGUCUUACAAGUACCGCGCGUGUCUUGUCUUUGCUCUUCUCAAGGUCACUGGAUGGUACUGGGAACAGUCUGAGUACGAAUUGGCAGACAACGAGUUAUACUCGCUACGUGCUGUUGCUGCCCAGCGCUUGGCUGUGCUUAUCAUAGACGAUAUUGCUGCACAGGGAGUCGCUGUUUCUGCGGACGAACGGUACUUGUUCUUGGGACUUCUCUGUCAUAGAUACUCGAUCCGGGCAAAUGAUGGGAACUCGGAGCCGGUCAGCGCAUUGGAGUUGGCUGUUGAUAUGCACUCGACCAUUGUUAUAGGCUCAUCUGGCUACCAGCGCUGUAUCAAGUGGCUCUGGCGCGGGUGGAUUGUUCAAAGCGCAAAGGAUCCACAUCUGUACGUUCUUUAUGAGGGGGUUGCUUCGCCUAGAUUCUUGGACCAUUUUGAUCCUGCUCGUGUCAAAACUCCUGCCUACCAGAAUAUCCUAGAAAUCUUCUUCAGUGUGUGUUAUCUUAUCUUGUAUUCGAUCAUUGUUAACUUCAAUCUGGUGGAGGUGACGGGAAUCGAUUUUUUUGAAGGCAUAUUUUAUAUCUUCACUCUUGGCCAGGUCUUCGACGAAGCGACCAAAGUUUAUCAUGUUGGUUGGCGCUACGUUGGCUUCUGGAAUGUCUUCAACGAUAUCAUGUACAGUGUUAUCAUCGUCUCUGUUGCUUUUAGAUUCGUCUCUCUCUCAUCUCAUGGCCCAAUGCGUGAUCAUUAUGACGAGAUGAGCUUCCGUAUAAUGUCAUGCGCUGCCCCACUAAUGUGGUCUCGUCUCUUGCUCUUCUUAGACGCUGAGCAGUUCGUUGGCGCAAUGAUUGUGGUGAUUAAAACUAUGAUGAAGGAAUCCAUCAUUUUCUUUGUUCUUUUGGGUGUCGUAAUUAUUGGCUUCUUGCAAGGUUUUAUGGGUCUUGAUGCCCUGGAUGGUAAGAGCGAAGCAACUCGCCGAAUCUUAACAUCCUUAGUGAAUGCAGUCAUUGGUGAGUCUGGAUUUUCUGAUGUCAAAAACUUGGUACCCCCAUAUGCUUCAGUGAUGUACUACAUCUACUCUUUCCUCCUCACUGUUAUUCUUAUGAAUAUUCUUAUUGCUUUGUAUUCGUCAGCGUACGCAUCGAUUGUUGAAAAUGCGACAGACGAAUCAUUCGCUUUGGUGGCACAAAAGACAUUACGUUAUGUCCGUGCUCCUGACACUGACCUCUAUGUUCCACCUUUCAACAUUAUCGAAGUCUGCAUUUACCCUUCGAAGUACUUCAUGGCAAAAAAGAGCUUCCGUCGUCUCAAUUACUACAUAAUGUUGGUGAUUUACUUUCCCAUCUUGGUGUAUAUUGCCUAUGACGAGUUGUCCAAUGCCCGAAGAGUUCAAUACAACAGGUAUAAAGGUGUACCUGAUGAUGCAAAUGAGGUAGAUACUGAAUGGGAUCUUACCGACGGGUUUGAUGAUGAUCAUUCAGGUUCUGAUUGGGAGGGAAUUCGGAAUAGAUCCAGCGAAAUUAACGAAGGCUUGAGAGAGCAAAGAGCAGGGGAACGUGAGGAUCCAGAAUUCUCUAUUGAUAUGUUUAAGUUCCAAAAUGAUAUUCGUGCGGUUGCGCAGCCCGUUGCUGAAGCCAACCUGAAAGGCAUAAAAUGGGAGCUCUACGAAUUGUAUCGGAAGAUUGAUAAAUUGACUACAUUAGUGGAGACUGUGGUUGAGGAAAAUGCAGAGCUCCGGGAAAAGCUAUCCAAGAAGAACAGCGACACCGAUUCAAACAAUUAA